GACAGGGGCCAAGAUGAAGUUGGUCAGUAGGUGGCGGUAAUGCACCUCUAAGCUUGUUUGCUAACCGCCAAUAAGCCCAGAGGAAGAAGAAGCUAAACUUGGCUCGGAGUAGUUGGGGGGUCACACAGCCUGAAAUCCUUCCAAAAUGCUGUUACGACGGGUGCUGCACGUUGGGUCUUUGACAUUAAAACACAGCAGAUCCAUCCACCACAGUCCCAUAUGCAGGACUCCACUGAUACCCAUAGUGGUGGAGCAGACGGGGAGAGGAGAACGAGCGUAUGACAUCUACUCUCGCCUCCUGAGAGAGAGAAUCAUUUGUGUAAUGGGUCCUGUUGAUGACUCUGUAGCCAGUCUGGUUAUUGCCCAGCUGCUCUUCCUACAGUCAGAAAGCAACAACAAGCCCAUCCACAUGUACAUCAACAGUCCUGGUGGUGUGGUGACAGCAGGACUGGCCAUUUACGACACCAUGCAGUACAUUCUGAAUCCCAUCUCCACCUGGUGUGUUGGUCAGGCAGCAAGCAUGGGCAGCUUGCUCCUGGCAGCAGGAACGACAGGCAUGAGGCAUUCACUGCCCAAUGCCCGCAUCAUGGUUCACCAGCCUUCAGGAGGGGCCAGAGGCCAGGCCACAGACAUCGCUAUCCAGGCUGAAGAGAUCCUGAAGCUGAAAAGACAGAUUAACAACAUCUAUGCCAAACACACCGGGCAGCCACUGGAGACCAUCGAGAGUGUGAUGGAAAGGGAUCGCUACAUGAGUCCCAUGGAGGCACAGGACUUUGGCCUCAUCGACCGGGUCCUGGUCCAUCCACCACAGGCGGGGCAGGAUGAGCCAGAGCUGGUGCAGAAAGAGCCGGCGGCAGCAGCCACUUUCCUCCAGUGA